AUGUCUAAAACGUCUGAAUCCUGGCUCGAAGGACCCUCAAGCACCUCAUUCUACACCCGUCUUUACACUCCUACAUCCGUCAGCGACGGAUCUCCACGAGCUGUCAUCGUUUUUAUCCACGGGUACGAUGAACAUAUUUGUCGGUAUGAAAACUUUCACCGUGCGUGGGCCAGCCGUGGAUUUUCUGUCUUCACAUUCGAUUUGCGGGGGUUCGGGAGGACGGCGCUGGACGAAACGCAUCGGUCGCCCGGGAGUGUAUACGGAAAGAUGGGGACAGUAUUGGGAGAUGUGGAGUGGGCGGUGAGAUAUGUUAGCGAGGCAUUCGGGAAGGAGGUUCCGGUGUAUUUGAUGGGUCAUUCGAUGGGAGGAGGGAUUGUACUCGACUUCAUCGCAAAUCAGACGAAUGCUCGUGACCCUAGGUCCAUCGCACUCCUCUCUGGAGUUAUCGCAUCCAGCCCAUGGAUUCGACUCACUCGACCCCCACCGUCGUUGGCCGUAUGGGGGAUCAGCCUGAUCAGCAAGGUCUUUCCAGAUAUACACUUUUCGACGCCCGUCAGACCAGAGGCCAUCAGCCACGAUCUGUCUAUCGGAGAGGCACUAGUGACGGAUCCAUGGGUUAGGGAGUAUGGCACGUAUCAAAGUGUCUCCGAUAGGUUCACUGCAGGAAUUCGACUUGCUACCGAAGAUUACAAACACUGGCCGAAGGAUCUUCCUCUCUUGAUGCUUCACGGGACGGCCGACGAUCUGAACUUAUGCCCCGCGAGCGAGGACUUCUUCAAGAAAGUCGAUGCGUUGGAUAAACGUCUCAUUCUCUAUCCCGAUGCCUAUCACGAUCUCAUGACCGAGCCGGAUAUCAAGGAGAAAUAUCUCGAGGACUGCAUAUCCUGGGUCGAAAGUCAUUUGUCCUCAAUAGAGGCCAUGAUGGAAACAUGA